AUGUCUCACCACAAGAGCAGAAAGAGCACUGUAAAAGCAGAGAGGCUCAAUUUUUUUGGCCAGAAAAAUAUAUUUGCGACUCGCAGUUAUGUUUUCCAAGAUUGCAAUGACGGCUCCGAUGCGGCCACCUCCACGCCGGACAUAGAAGGCCCGUUGGUUACUGAACCAGUGACACAAGGCUACCUAACACAGGCCCUGGAUGCACUAUCCACCAAACUAAUCGCGAGCUGGCAAUCCUCGCUCAACACCCUGAGGCAAAACACACAGGAGCUUGGGUCCAGAACGUCCCACGUGAAAAACAAGCUUGAUGAAUUCGUCACGACGCACAAUGAUCUAGCUAGCCACUUGGAGUAUUUAGAACAAAAACUCACUAUCAUGCAAUCUAAACUCAUGGACAAUGAAGACAGAGCCUGCAGAAAUAAUCUAAGGCUUUGGGGGGUGAGACAAGGGGGAUGCACCCUAUACCCAAGACAGGGUAUCAAACUCUCUGGGUACACAACACUAUUAGAAUGCUACUGA